AUGAUUCUACAAUCUCCUUCUUCCUUUUCUAGUUUCGAUUUCCUGUCUCCACGUCCUCUGUUCUGUCCUUGCUCCAAUGAGCACGGACUGAUUCUGUUCUGUGAUGGAUUCGCGAGGAGGCGGGUUCUCCGUCGGAAGUUUAGAGUUCAGGUCGAGAAUGCGAAUUUGAGGUUUGUUUCCUCCGGAAUUCGCGGGGAAUCGAAGAACGUAGGAUUAGCCAAUUCGACGAGAAAGGUUGCAAGAAGUCUUGUGAUUACUCGGUUUUCGAAUGAAUUCGAGGACGAAGAAGAAUCAACUCAGGAGAAUUCAGUUCAGGGUGAUCGAAGCAAUUUCACUAACUUUAGAGAAGACCCCAUAGUGGAUAAGCUGAGGACUCAGCUAGGUGUUAUCCAUCCAAUCCCUUCGCCACCGAUUAAUCGUAAUGCCAUUGGUUUAUUUGCCUUCUUCUUCUUUGUUGGUGUUGUUUGUGACAAGCUAUGGACGUGGAGGAAGAGGCGGAUACAAACGGGUGAUGACGGUGGACAACGAGGAGCUGGGCCAUGGGCACAGGUUCCCACUAGCUUCGCCCUGUCUCUCGAGAAGGAUUUGCAAAGGAAAGAGUCUGUGGAAUGGGUGAACAUGGUGUUGGUGAAGCUCUGGAAAGUUUAUAGAGGUGGGAUUGAGAAUUGGCUUAUUGGAUUGUUGCAGCCAGUGAUUGAUGACUUGAAGAAACCAGAUUAUGUGAAGAGAGUUGAAAUCAAACAAUUCUCACUUGGGGAUGAGCCUUUGUCUGUUAGAAAUGUAGAGAGAAGAACAUCUCGCCGCGUCAAUGACUUGCAGUACCAGAUUGGUCUUCGGUAUACUGGUGGUGCACGUAUGUUGUUAAUGCUCUCUUUAAAAUUUGGUAUUAUCCCCGUAGUCGUGCCAGUUGGUAUUCGGGAUUUUGACAUUGACGGUGAGCUUUGGGUUAAAUUAAGAUUGAUACCGACCGAGCCUUGGGUUGGAGCUGCAUCAUGGGCUUUUGUAUCACUUCCAAAGAUCAAAUUCGAGCUGGCACCAUUCCGAUUGUUCAAUGUAAUGGGCAUUCCUGUUCUAUCAAUGUUCUUGACCAAAUUGCUGACAGAAGAUUUGCCUCGGUUAUUUGUUCGCCCAAAGAAAAUUGUCUUGGAUUUCCAGAAAGGAAAAGCUGUUGGACCUGUUUCAGAAGACCUAAAAUCUGGAGAAAUGCAGGAAGGGAACAAGGAUUUUGUUGGGGAGUUGUCUGUUACUCUUGUAAAUGCGCAGAAACUUCCAUAUAUGUUCUCUGGUAGAACGGAUCCAUAUGUUAUUUUAAGAAUUGGUGAUCAAGUUAUCCGCAGUAAGAAGAACAGUCAAACUACUGUGACUGGGGCUCCAGGUCAGCCAAUCUGGAAUCAGGACUUCCAAUUCCUUGUUUCAAAUCCUAGAAAGCAAGUAUUACAAAUUGAAGUCAACGACUGUCUUGGAUUCGCCGAUAUGGCUAUUGGUACCGGAGAGGUUGACCUCGGAUCACUGCCAGAUACGGUUCCUACAGACAGAAUUGUUGUCUUGCGAGGCGGUUGGAGUUUGUUCGGAAAGGGAUCUGCUGGAGAAAUACUACUCCGGCUUACAUACAAAGCAUAUGUGGAGGAUGAAGAAGAUGAUAAGCGCAAUGCAAAAGCCAUUAUUGCAGAUGCUUCUGAUGAUGAAAUGUCUGAUUCGGAAGAACCUAGAUCUUUUGUUCGGAAUGACAAAAUUACUUCUGAUGAUUUUGGUCAAGAGUCAUUUAUGAACGUGCUGUCUGCAUUGAUUUUGAGCGAGGAGUUUCAAGGCAUAGUUUCAUCAGAAGCUGGAAACAAUAAACUUGAUGAUGGUGAAUCAAGUAUGUCACCAGUAGCUUCAAAAGCUGGGGCAGAAUCAAAAUCUCGAGCAGAAGAUCCUGGUAGUGGGGGCAUAUCAAAUUCAGAAGUGAAAAGUGUGAAUUCUGAUAAAGUUUCUAUUGAUGAUGGAGGAUUAGCAUUAUUGUGGUUCAGUGUAAUCACUUCUGUACUGGUGCUUGUUGCUAUCAACAUGGGCGGCUCAAGUUUCUUCAACCCGUAA